CCUUUGAGUGGGACAGUCAACACAUUUGCUGUGACAUUCUUUCUAUGAAGCAGUGCAGUGACGGCUGAAGUUGCUUUCAAGAAGUCAUCUCAAACGUGGUCUGACAGUAUCCAAUGCCUUAACUUUUCUUAGUACAGGAGACAAAUCACCUUGAAUUUCUUAAUUUUCUCAGCUGGUGACAAUGGCAACUUAUUUUGGAGUUACCUCAGCAGUAUUUUCCAUCUGGGUUAUGACAUUCAUGGCUCAAAAUUACUUUAUAACAGGUUCCAUUCUUUCACCUUGCAGGAUCACAGGUGUAGGAAUUUAUCUUGAGGAGAAAGUGAAUUUCUCAGAAGCAAGUAAUGCAUGUAAUCAACUGAAUCUACAAUUGGCAAGUAAAGACCAAGUUGAAAAGGCUUUGAAACAUGGCUUUGAAACAUGCAGCUAUGGAUGGGUGAAAGAUAGAUUUGUUGUCAUUCCUCGGAUAACAUCCAACAAGAAAUGUGGUAAGGGCAACAUUGGACUAGUGGAAUGGCAUGCUGAACACUUUAGAACAUUUAAGGUUUAUUGCUUCAAUUCCUCAGAUGUUCACAUUAAUUCGUGUAAACCAGAUCCAACUACAACCAUACUACCUUCAUCAAGUGCACCAAUGGACUUAACUGCAUAUUCAGGCUCUGAUUUGACUGAGAACAUCACAGCAGUGCCCAAUGUGACUGAGUCAGAACAAUCCCUGAAAAAUAUAAAAUUCCGUGUAAUAUGUAUAACUGAAACUAUAUUACCAACAGAGGGGACUACUACAAAAAUGCCAGAGGAAUACUCACUGACUGACUCUUCUAGAAACACUUCCCAAGCUGCCUUUAAGAACGGUGCCAUCGUCUUUGGAGGUAUCCCCACUGCACUUCUUGUACUGGCAGUCAUCUUCUUCAUUAUUUCAGUUGUUCUAGCCAUCUGCUAUAUCAAAAAGUACAAGAAAACCUUCCCAUUUUCAAACAAGAAUGAGCAAAAAGAAAUGGUUGAAACUACUGCCCUCAAAGAGGCUAAGUCAAAUGACAAAACACAGGAGAAGGAAACAAAGAAUAAUGGAAAAAAGGUAGAAGAGUCUAAAACCAAACCUGAGGCCACAGUAAAAUGUCUAGAAGCAGAAGUUUAA